UUCACACUGUGUUAAAUGGCAACAUUUUUUAUUAUACUUGUUCUUGUUUUCUGUGGAAUAUAUUGUAAAGAAGAUUUAAGUUCUAUUGAGCCAGAGUGUUUUUACCCUCAAAGAACAGGAAAACAAUGUUGUGCCGACUAUAGAACAAUCGGAGGAAAAUGUCAUGUGUGUGUUGGUUCCUUUGGUUUUGAAUGUCUUAAACCGUGUCCUGGUGGAUACUAUGGAAAACAAUGCUCAGAGGAAUGUCAGUGUGACAUUUGCAACGCCACAACCGGAGAAUGCUCAAACGAGACAACUACAACAGUAAACAGAGAUUUUUCAUCGAAUGAAAAAAGCCGGUCUGUCAUAUGGAUAUCAGUUUUACUUGGAGUAUUUGCAAGCGUGGGAUCUGUAGCUGCUGUUCUGUUUUCAAUUUAUGUGAAAGAAAGAAAGAAAAAUGCGGGAAAUGAUGUUCGACAGCUUGACCAAAUAAGUGAUGGGAAUGUUGAUAUAGAAGAUUACGAUGCCAUAAGAUAUUCCUGCAUGAUGCUUGAGGAUGAUAGUGCUUGUAACAAACAAAAUAAUGCUUUCGAUAGGAUUAGCUAUGCAAAGACCCAGACAAUUCCCAACAUGUACAACAAGUUAAGCUUCAAUAAAAGUGAACGCCCUUCAAUGGAUUGUGGACCUCAGGAAUUGUACAACGUAGCUAACCAUUCUGAAAAACAUAUGCAGUGUCAAACGAAUUACGGGGAAUAUGUUACUGUUGCAACAGAUAAAGCUACAUCCUGUACGAUCAGCAUGAAAAAUAACACAAAAGAAAAUGAACAUUGUCAAACUGUGGACAACACGUAUGAUGAUGUUCUCAAUAAGUCUACGAAGAACACCGCUGAAUCGCGAAAAACAAAUUAUGCAGAAUUGCCUCACAGGGGGAAAAAUCGACGGAAGAAACCAGAAUUAAAACCAAAACCGGAGAGCAUGACGGCCCUGCCAGUAAAUCCGGAUUCGACCAUUGAAAAUAGGCCUUAUAGUCUUGCAAAUCAUUGAUCAAGCUAAAAAUACAAGGCUUAAAUUUCAACUCCAAAAAAUGUUGUUUCAUUUGUCCAUGUUUUGUUGGUGUUUUAAAUCCUUUUAUUUCUAUCAUCAAAAUGGAUGAACAUUGCUUUCAAAAUACCAAGUAUGAUUUCAUUUUAAUUAAAUCAUUGUAGUUUAUAUUCAAACAUUU